GUGUGUAAACAUAUAUAAGUGCCAGUCUUCUAGUGCCAUCCCACACUUUGCUCAGGACUUAAGCUGGUUUCAGGAGACCUACUUUGCAGAUUUCAGUGUUGUUCUGGACUCAUUCACCCACCAGAAUGUUUUCCUUCCUGUUCCUUGCGGUGCUCUGGGCCAGCUGCAUGACAGCUCCCUUGCCUCAGUACUCCUUCUCCCCCGCUGUUGGUGGUGGUGGAGGCACGGCAUUCUCCACAGAAAAUGAAAAUGGACCAAUCACAGGGAUCAGACUCUGGGAAAAUACCAACAGUUACAUCACUGGUUUGCAGCUGCGCUAUGGAUUUGGUUGGGGACAAAGGGUUGGUCGUGAAGUGAACUCUGUACAAGAGCUGAUCCUGAAUGAAGGAGAGUCCUUUAUUCAGGUCUCUGGGAAAUACCACACCAACUACAUCUAUCAGCUGAUCUUCGUGACCUCCAGUGGGCGUUCUCUGAUUGUCGGCCAGCCCAUUCAAAAGUCCUUUAACUUCUACCCGUCCCACCCGGGCCAAGAGCUAGUGAUUUUGAGCGGCACCCACAACACUGCAGGGUUCCUUUCGAUUGCUGCUCACUGGGCCGUCCCCCAGGCUCAAUACAACAGCACCAACCAGGACUGAUCCAGGAACUGGGAAUAAUCAACCUUUAUCUUUAUCAUGGAAUAAUAUGAAAUAAGGUUUGUUUAAUAUGAUAAUAUUAUAUCGCUGUAUGUAUCAAUACCUCUGGUUUAUUAAUGGAGAAGCUAAGUUUCUGACUCUGUGUGGUGAAGUGAAACACACAGGAUCUACUAAACCUGUACUUUAUAGACAAUACUUGGAAAUAGCGGUGUUUUAAUUAAAACCGUUUGCACUUAUACAGCAAUGAAGGAAACAAAGCGGUGAUGACUUUUAUUUAAUAAUUACCUCAUAUAGGUUUAGAAAUGCCCACUGUAAGGAUGACAACAUGUAUGCAAAUCAUUUAGAUUUUAAUGUGAUGUUCAAUCUCAGCCCCAUUACCGCACGUUUGACAUUGUGGCUAUUAUGCAAAAUGAAUUAAAAAAAACAAAUCCAAAGCAAGUUGGUUGUAGGAAUGCCCACUGUAAGGAUGACAACAUGUAUGCAAAUGACUGUGAUUGUAACGUGAUGUUCUGCCUCAGCCUCAUUACAUUUUGUUGCAUUGUAAGGUACUCUUUUUCUCUUUUGACUUACAAAUAAAAAAGAAAAAGAAAAAGCAA